AAGUCACUGCUGGCCAAGGAACAUCGGCAACAGGCGGCAAUAUUGUUCUCGCUACUGGUAACGGCGCAUCUACGUCGUUGAGUGGCGCGAUAACGCUUGCUACGGCGGCAGCUGCGACCAGUGGCCAAUUGAGCAUGGCGUCAGGCGCCUCCAGCUCUGGUUCGGGUGGUAUUAUUUCGCUCUCGACCGGGACAAGCACUGUCGCAAAUGGUGGUGACAUUCAAAUCUCAAGCGGAAGUGGCGCCGGCGGCGGCAGUAUAGUUCUUUCGAGUGGUGUCGCCUCGUCAGGAGUCUCUGGCGGGAUGUCUUUCACGACUGGAAUCGCCUCGGGUGGCAACACGGGCUCCGUGACCAUAUCAACUGGCGCAUCUACUGGCGGCACAAGCGGCAGCAUCGUGGGGAUGGCUGGUAGUGCUACUGUGGGAGCGGGUGGACUCGUUUCGUUCGCGGCUGGGGCAAGUUCUGCGACGGGUGGCACUGGUGGAAAGACGGCACUCUUUGGAGGCUCCGGUACAACGGGUGGCAAUGUUGAAAUGACACCUGGCAGCGGCUCGUCGACUGGUGGCAGUGUCGUGGUCAAUUCUGGCUCUGCAUCGUCGGGAAUCAGUGGCAGUGUUAUUUUGGGGUCGGCUCCAAGCGGCGUCAGUGGCUCGGUCGCUCUCUCGACAGGAAGCGCAGCAACGGGGCUCAGUGGAUCAUUUUCUGUCACGAUUGGAACAAGUGCGACAGGGGCAGGCGGUUCCGUUGCUAUUACAAGCGGCAGCGGGGUCACUGGCGGUAAUUUCAUUAUGGCGACUGGUACCAGCUCCAACGGGCUCUCAGGAGCCUUCAACAUAAACUCUGGAGUCGCUACCGGCGGGGACAGUGGCAAUGUGACGUUUGCAACUGGAUCAUCGACCAGUGGUCGUGGCGGCACUAUUGCGCUUCUUGUGGGCACUGCGACGUCUGGAAUCGGUGGAUCUGUCUCAGUCGCCGCUGGCGCAAGCACCUCGUCAAGUGGUGGCAAGACUAUUGUUUUUGGUGGCACCGGGGUGUCUGGAGGCGACGUGGAACUUUCCGGUGGUGUUGGCAGCAGUGAUUUCGGCGGGACAGUUUCAAUCCAUUCGGGGGCCAGUUCAACAGUGUCAACAAGUGGCUCAAUUAUUUUGUCGACAGCCUCAAGUGCAACGAGCGGCAACAUUCUCAUGGCCACUGGUACAGCGUCGACAGGUAGCGGAGGGGAUUUUUCCGUCUUGAUUGGUGCUGGCACCAGCGGUACAGGCGGUAGUAUCAAUAUGCUGGCGGGCAGCUCGUCCGUUGGUGGCAGUGUCACCAUCGGAAGUGGUCCAUCGAUCAGUGGUGUUUCGGGCUCCGUCCUAAUUUCUACGGCGACGGCAAGCGGUGGCAACUCCGGAGGCAUCGCUCUGUCGACCGGUGCUUCUCCCAGCGGGGCAGCGGGCGCAGUUGCGGUCACGGCUGGUUUGGGCUCGACUGGUUCAGGCGGGGCCACAACCAUUGCUGCUGGCAUCAGUACGGCGUCUACGGGUGGUCUUUUGGCCGUGUACGGCGGCAAUGGUACCAGUGGUGGUGGUGAUGUACGCGUCAUAGCUGGCGCCGGUUCGUCCGGAAACGGCGGUAGUCUCAUGUUCCUCAGCGGUCAAGGAGCUUCCGCAGCUACAACUGGACAAGUGGACAUUAGCACGGCCGCUGGGGGCACCGGUGGCAACGUCCGAUUGAGCACUGGGGAUUCUAGUCUCGGAUCUGGAGGGGCCAUCUCACUUUCGAUUGGCGCGAGUGCUUCGGGCUCUGGUGGAAGCAUCAAUCUCAACGCUGGGACUGGCGUUACUGGUGGUGUCGUGACCGUAUCUGGUGGAUCCUCGACCGGGGGAGCUGCUGGUGCACUGUCCUUUAUGUCCGGAAAUGGCGCGCGUGGCAACUCAGGCAUCAUCUCCAUUACCACGGGGUCAGCAUCGUCUGGUACUGGUGGCAACAUUGCUCUCUCCGUGGGCAGUGGUACGUCUGGGGCUGGCGGGUCAUUUCUCGCAACUGCCGGAGCCAGCACUACUGCAAAUGGUGGCAGUGUCAGUCUUCUUGCUGGAUCUGGAGCAACAGGUGGGACCGCAUCUGUUUCUGCGGGGGACGGUACGGCAGGCAACGGUGGAGCUUUGCUCUUGCGCAGCGGUCAAGGCUCUCAAGUCAGUGGCGCCGUGUCCAUCGCUUCAAGCUCUAUCGGCAGCGGAAGUGGGAUAGUGUCCAUCAGCACUGGAUCCUCAUCGGGCGUUGUUGGUGCUAUUUCUGCGCAAGUGGGCAGUAGCUCCUCGAGUACCGGCUCGGCGUUGUCUUUGACUGCUGGGGCUACUACAGUCUCUGGUGGUGUGGGUGGCAAGAUAUCGGUUUCUGGUGGUGAUGGCGCUGUCGGAGGUUCCAUCCAGCUAUUGGGUGCUGUCGGCUCCGCACUAACGGGUGGCAGUGUGUCGCUUGUCAGUGGCAUUGGCGCAUCCAGCUCCUACAGCGGAUCAAUUACGCUCUCAACGGCGUCUUCAACAGGUUCGAGUGGCUCAAUUUUGCUACAAUCGGGAGUCGGUGCAACGGGUGUCAGCGGCGAUAUCGAUUUGAGCGCUGGCGAAGGCAACGGCACGAUCAGCAACGGGGGCGCGUGAGUAUGGUUGCAGGGAUCUCGACGAAUGCAAAAGGCGGUGACUUGACAGCCGCUGGCGGCAACGGCAUCACGGGGGGUGACUUGUAUUUGUCAAGUGGCACUGGCUCAACUGCUCCUGGUGGGCUACUAACGCUGGCAGCUGGAUCAUCCGCUUCGUCCACCGGCGGUAAUGUG